UUGCUGAGGCCUCCUAUUGAAACUGGGCCUCCACGAGCGUUAAUUCAUUUCUUAGGAGGUGCGAUCGUGGGAAAGGCCCCUCACAUAAGCUACCGAUAUUUGCUGGAAAGUUUGGCCAAGAAAGGUUACAUGGUGGUUGCAACACCAUACGAUCUAUCAUUCGAUUAUUUAACAACGUGUGAUACAAUAUUGUCACGGUUCGAAAUGGUAGCCGCCACGCUGGCCCGACAAUACGGCGCAUUACCGGUCGUUGGACUUGGACACUCGUGUGGAAGCGUCUUGCAACUUCUCAUUACGAGUCUCUUUCCUGAUACGCCGAGGGGUGCAAACGCACUUAUCUCAUUCAACAAUAAACCCGUAACCGAAGCAAUCCCGGUAUUUGAGGAGGUUGUUGCACCGUUUUUUACCUAUGUUGCAGCUCGAAACGCGACACGGUCCAGUGGAAGCGAAAUAUUAUCCGUUGGUCUUCAGCUCGCCAAGUCAGCCACUGUUGGGGAGGUUCCCUACGAGUUUCUGGAGACGUUGGAACAGAUUCCACUCCUGAUCGACGAGGUGGCGGAUGGAGCUCGUGAUUUUGUUCCUCCGCCUGCCGAAGUAAAAGCGGCUGCACGUCGAGCAUAUCGCGCUCGACGGACACUAAUUGUCAAGUACACGGAAGAUCCGUUGGAUGAAUCGGAUGAAAUCGAGGACCUACUACAG